UCCUAUCCUUUCUCUCUUUCUCUCUAUAAUGUCUCUUCUAUUGUGGACCCCAUCCCUUUUUUCCUUUUUAAUUUCCCUUUCCUUUUUUUUUCAAUAAUUUUUCAAAACUAUACAAAAAUAUUUCCCCUUUCCUUCUCGAACCCACGUUUUUCUUUUUUUCCUUUUCACCCCCCCCCCCCCCCGCCCCCUUCUCUUCCUUAUCAUUUACUCUCCUUACCCAGAAACUUCUAGAAACAACAAAACCUCUCUCUUUCUCUCUCUCUUACCAUUGCAGUGGCGGAGCUCAUUCUCAGGCACCGCCCCCUUCUUUAUUCUUCCCAUUCCGAUUCUAUAUUUUCUUCUAGAUUGAGACGAGAGCUGUUCAAAAUCGGAGAUCCUUGUGCUUCAGAUCUGGGAGAAGAGGCGAUGGCUCCGUCGCCGGCCGAACCGAUCGGCGAUUCGGGAACGGGAGAUUCUCAGAGAUCUAUACCCACACCGUUUCUAACGAAAACUUAUCAACUGGUUGAUGAUCCGGCGGUGGAUGAUCUUAUCUCCUGGAAUGAAGAUGGAUCUACUUUCAUAGUUUGGCGACCGGCUGAAUUUGCUCGAGAUUUACUUCCUAAAUACUUUAAGCACAAUAAUUUCUCUAGUUUCGUCCGUCAACUCAACACUUACGGAUUCCGAAAGGUUGUGCCGGACCGAUGGGAGUUUGCGAAUGAUUGUUUCCGGAAAGGUGAGAAAGGACUUCUCCGAGACAUUCAGCGGCGGAAAGUAGUGUUGUCGGUAACGACGACGACAACGACGUCGGCUGCGGUGGCUGUGCCCGUGACGGUAGCAACGUCUCCAGCUGUGUUAGCUCACGUGAUAUCGCCGGCGAACUCUGCGGAAGAGCAGGUUACGUCCUCGAAUUCAUCGCCGAUGGCAUUCCAACGAAGUACGAGCUGCACCACGACGCCAGAACUUGUAAGAGAGAACGAACGGUUAAGGAAAGAGAAUAUGCAACUGAGUCACGAGUUGACUCAGUUGAAAGGACUCUGUAACAACAUACUAUCGUUAAUGACGAAUUACGCUUCAGGUCAGCACCAGCAGUUGGAGUCGGGGAGCGUCCGGGACGGAAAGGCGUUGGAGCUCUUACCGGCAAGACAGGUGAUGGAAGACGAAGGAGCCGUCAGCGACGGGGCUCAUGAGGUGAGACUAAAAAUGGAGGAGAAGAUGACAGCGGCGGCAGCGGCGGUAGGAAUGACGCCGAAACUGUUCGGAGUGUCGAUCGGAAUGAAACGGAUGAGGAGAGAGAUAGAAGAGGAAGAAGAAGAGAUGGUGGGGCAAAAUCAUGUACAGUCGGAAGAAGGUGAGACUGGGUCAGAGAUCAAAGCGGAACCGUUGGAUGAAAACUCUGAACAUCCAGAUGGAUCCGCGUCGCCGUGGCUUGAACUCGGGAACCAAGGCUCCUGAUACAAAACGACGUCGUUCAGGAAGCUUCUAAAACGUCCUCGUUCUAAUGGCCGUUGUCGUCAUAAAUGACGGAGAAAAGAAAGAUAAGGUUUUCUUUUUUCCUUCUGGGGGUUAAGGGAAUUAGAGAGAGAGAGAGAGAGAGAGGAAGGAGACCAAACCGGGCCUAGACAGAACGAAGAAUGUCACGUGCCAAACACGUGAGCUAGAAAAUAUACCAAAUUUUAAAGUAUAUUUGUUUUAAUAAUUUAAUUUUCUUGAUUUGAUGAGGGGGCUUAGGUUGUUUGGUCCUUUGUAGAAAGACGUAACCGUGGAAAUAUGAAAACCGAACCGGGGUGGGUCGGUUGGGGAACGGGUAAAAUGACGGAGAAACCCAUGAACAACAGCAACAACAAGAAGGGCGAAAGAAGAAGAAAAAAAACCCGUCAGUUAUGUGGUUCUCUUGUUAUCCGGUUUUCAGUAACCCGGUUAGAAUGUGACGUGUAAUUGUAUUGGCCGGCCCAUUGUAACGGUUUUUUUUACCUUUUGUAAUUCUCAUUCUCUUCCCGUUUGAGAGGGGGAAUUAGUUACUUCCAAUCUUGUAAAUAUCAAUUUUGGUAACUUUCACCUUUCUGUUUGCUUUU